CAGCUGCCUGAGCAGAAACCAGCAAAUCCAAAUCAUCACCGAGAGCUUCUUCACAAUGAAAUCUGCUGCAGCUUUUGUUGUUCUCGCUUGUCUGCUUAUGGUGCACGUACAAGGUCAGGCCAGGCCUGGGGUAAAGAGAUGCUUAUGUCAAGGUUCUCCGGUGAACAUGGUUCGUCUACCACGUGUUGAGAAGAUUGAAAUUCAUCCUGCUGGUCCAUCUUGUGAAAACAUGGAAAUUAUUGUCACUUUCAAGAAUGGUGUAGGGCAAAAAUGCCUGAACCCAGAAUCCAGUUUUACCCAGAAUUACAUCAAGAGGGCCAUUAAAGACAGGAGUGGCCAGUAAAGCAAGUGGCAACACACCAGUGACGAUGUGGAAGACGAGGCUGUGAAUCGUCUUUUUUUUUUUUAAUUCUGAUAAUGUGCCCUGCUAACUAGUUAACUGACAUAAGAACAUGAAAUGUUUUCUAAUAUUGUAAAAUUGUAAAUACUGUUGAUUCAGUAAUGAGAGUGACACCACUGUAUACAUAGCCUGUUUGGAAAAAAGCUGUUAUUAGAGUUUGUGAUUUACUUUGUGUAUAUAUUAUCAGUUUUGAUGUCUUAACUGCUUUACCUCUAUAUAUUAUGUGCUGUAUCUAGAAUACAAUAAUUUGUACACAUAAAGAUGCUGGACACUUGAGAAAUAUAUAAUAAAAUAUACUGUGGAAACUUUAA